UUACCGUGACCCCAGUCUAAAAAGGUCACAGCAAAAGGGUAUGUUUUUGUUUCAAUUAGGGAUUGGAGGUUAGGGACCCUUUUAUUUAAAUUCUUGUCUUUUCAGUUAUUUUUUAUACAACCGGUCUGCAGUCUGGGAGUUAGCACACAGUGAAGCCACAGACAGGAGCAAUUAUUAAGCAUGCAGAGGGCUUUGAUUUGCAGAGGUGCUCUUUUUGCACAGCAGGUGACCCUGCCUACUCGGAUUUCAUCUGUUCUGGUGCCUCGCUCCUAUCGUGCCAUGUCCUCCCUUACUGUCCCAGCACCUGCCUCUCUACUCCUGCCCCUGAAAGUCCCCUACCGUCUCAUGUUGGGACCUGGACCCUCCAAUGUCCCUCCGCGCAUCCUGUCUGCAGGAGGGAGACCCAUAAUUGGACACAUGCACAAGGAAAUGUUUGAGAUAAUGGAUGACAUUAAAAAGGGAAUCCAGUAUGCCUUCCAAACAAAGAAUGAGCUGACAAUGGCGAUCAGCGGCUCUGGCCAUGCUGCCAUGGAGGCUGCGUUGUAUAACGCAGUGGAGCGCGGGGAGACCGUCCUGAUCGCAGUCAACGGCAUCUGGGGAGAGAGAGCAGCGGACAUCUCAGAGAGAAUGGGUGCAGAUGCUAAAAGACUAGUCAAACCACCUGGCGAAUGUUUCACCCUCCAAGAAAUUGAACAGGCCUUGUCAAAACACAAGCCAGUGUUGUUCUUCAUCACGCAUGGAGAGUCUUCGACUGGAAUAGCGCAUCCCCUAGACGGACUAGGAGCCCUGUGUCACAAGUAUAACUGUUUACUUCUAGUAGAUUCCGUGGCUUCUCUGGGUGGAGCCCCCAUAUAUAUGGACAGACAAGAGAUUGACAUUCUCUACUCUGGAUCUCAGAAGGUCCUAAACGCUCCCCCUGGUACAGCUCCUAUCUCCUUCAGCGAGAGGGCAAAACAGAAGAUCUUUAGUAGGAAAACGAAGCCCGUUUCAUUCUAUCUGGACAUGGGCUGGCUGGCCAAUUACUGGGGCUGUGAUGGAAAACCCCGUGUGUAUCACCACACUGGACCUGUCUCUGGAUUAUUUUCCCUCAGGGAGAGCCUCGCCAUUCUAGCAGAGCAGGGCCUAGAGAACUAUUGGAAGCACCAUCAGGAAAUGGCCCUCUAUUUUCAUCAGGGACUUGAGAAAUUGGGACUUAAACUCUUUGUGAAGGACAAGAAUGUGAGACUCCCGACAGUGACCACUAUUGCAGUGCCUGAGGGCUAUGACUGGAGAGACAUCACAGCAUACAUCAUGAAAAACUACAGCAUGGAGAUCACCGGGGGGCUCGGCCCAUCGGUAGGGAUGGUGUUGCGGGUUGGACUGAUGGGAUACAACUGCACAAAGGCCAACGCUGACCUGGUGCUGCAGGCGCUGGGAGAUGCACUGCAGCACUGCCACAAGAGCAAAGUGUAGCAGCCUGGAAAAGCCGCACUGACUCAAUAAAGACAGUAUUGGAUACUGGGCAUGGAGCUAUGUCUGUCCUGUCUUCUAGUAACAUUAUAAUGGACAGAUGCCUGGCUCCAAUUUUAAAUUGACUUGCACGUUUCACAAGACAUUGUUCAUCUUUUUUUUUUUUGGGGGGGGGUUAUCUUUGCAAACAAUACAAUCUAAAGAAUUCUAUGAUUUGUAUUGGAUUUACUGUGUCAUUUACUGCAAUAAUAUUCAACUGACAGAUGCAGUUUAACCUGACCAACACAUCUAUUAAUAUUAAAAGUAAUGUAAUGUGGCCUCUGAGUCCAUUGAAUUGAAUGGAACAGUUCAGAGACGAAUGUCUUACCAUUCAACUCAAUGGGCUGAGAUACCAAAUCAUUACAGUGGUGCCUGAAGAACUGUGCAUGCUCAGAUGGAAGUGUACCUAUGGAACGUUUUUUAUAUCAUGUUGAAACUGAAUGUUUGGCUUUGGAACAGUUAUGUAGAGUGGUUGUUUUGCUGACUGUUCAGAAUAAAUACCUAUGGAACCUUUUUGGCUAAAAGCCUUAUAAAUGA